CACGCGCGGGGCUGCUGCACGAGCCAAUCAGGCGCGAGGUGACAGAAUACAUGCUGAAGGAGCGCGGAGCCGGAGAAGCGCAGCGCGAGGCGGCCGAGAGAGAAUUGCGGUGUGACAUUAAUCUGAGAGGAGCGCCGGGGGAAGGAGAGAGGAGCCAAGAGAGGAGCGGAGCGGUGAGAGACGCAGUCAGGCGCCGACAUGAGCGGUCAGUUUGAGGAAGACAUCCAGGAGCGAGGCGAGAGGAAGAGCAGCAAGUCCCCCACGCUGCUCUCCUCCUAUUGCAUAGACAGCAUCCUGGGCCGCCGCAGCCCCUGUAAGGUCAGGCUGAUAGGGGCGCAAAGUUUGACGGCUCUGUCCGGCAGAGGGGAGCUGGACAAGCCCGCCGACGGACCACUGAAGGAGCCCCUUUCCCUCAGCGCUGACAUGCACCUGCCGCUCAAGCUGCGACGGCUCUACGGACCCGGGGGAAAGUACCUCCAGGAGCAGGCGGAGAAGCUGGAGCGGGAGCGGCUCCUCCUGGAGCAAGCCGCCGACAGCCUCAAGAUCAACCAGGCGCCGCAGGUGAGCAUCAGCCGCAGCAAGUCCUACCGGGAGAACGCCGCUCUGAGCAGGGGAGAGGGCGACCAGAGCCCCGGGGAGGCCUCGGAGGACGGCAGCCUCGGGCUGGUGGAGCUCGGCCCUUUGAAGUUCGAGGAGGACACCGGCAAAGAGGAGGAGGGCUGCGGAGACGCGGCCGCGCUGUCCCCGAAGGACGAGGAGCGGGAGAGCUUGAACGCCGGGGAUGGGGACGUGAGGGACGGGGAGGACAGCGUGUGUCUGUCGGCGGGCAGCGACUCGGAGGAGGGAAUGCUGAAGAGGAAGCAGAGAAGAUACAGGACUACCUUCACCAGCUACCAGCUGGAGGAGCUGGAGAGGGCUUUCCAGAAGACGCACUACCCCGACGUCUUCACCAGAGAGGAGCUCGCAAUGCGUCUGGAUCUCACCGAGGCGCGCGUGCAGGUGUGGUUUCAGAACCGCAGGGCCAAGUGGAGGAAGCGUGAGAAGGCCGGGGUGCAGGCCCACCCGUCAGGCCUGCCCUUCCCAGGCCCGCUGGCAGCAGGUCAUCCUCUUAGCCACUACCUGGAAGGAGGGCCCUUCCCUCCUCACCCUCACCCAGCUCUGGAGUCAGCCUGGACAGCUGCUGCUGCAGCUGCUGCAGCCUUCCCCGGCCUGGCCCCACCACCUCACAACAGCUCCGCUCCACCCUUAGCCACCCCGCUGGGUCUGGGAACCUUCCUGGGCACAGCCGCCAUGUUCCGCCACCCCGCUUUCAUCGGCCCCACUUUCGGCAGGCUUUUCUCCAGCAUGGGUCCCCUGACGAGUGCUUCCACCGCCGCAGCCCUCCUCCGCCAGCCCGCGCCCCCUGUAGAGAACCCCUCCCACGCCAGCUCCGUCCUCCCCGACCCUUCGGCUUCUUCUUCCUCCACGUCCUCCUCGGCAGCAGCAGACCGCAGGGCCUCCAGUAUCGCCGCGCUGCGCCUCAAGGCCAAGGAACACUCGGCUCAGCUCACCCAACUUAACAUCCUGCCCACCGGAGCUGCAGGGAAGGAGGUGUGCUGAACACUCGACACCAGCCUCCCCAUCUCCCGGGGGGGGGGGGGGGGGGGCUCGUGUCCCAUUCCAUCACUUCUGCUCCCAACAAAAUAAAUAAUUUAAAUUUUUAUCCCAUUUAUGCCUCUGAAGGCUGACGCUGAUGUCUGACUGCUACCCCCAACAAGAUAGCACAACCAAAUGUAGAGAGAGAGAGAGAGAGAGAGAGAGAGAGAGAGAGAACCUCUACUAGACUACGAACCAUCGAAAUUUCACAUUUAUAUAGAUGUUUAAAUAUUUACUGACCCUUUCACAAUAAGAUUUAAGUCUUUUGUUCAUUUAGUUAGUGUCUCUGAUUUAGUCUUUAUUUCUAUUUUCCAAAAAUUGUUUUUUUUAUAACUUAGAAUAAGAAUUUAAACUCAUAAAAGUAGAAAAAUAUCAACUUAGAUCUCACACACACACACACACACACACACACACACACACACACACACACACACACACACACACACACACACACACACACACACGCGCACACACACACACACACACACACACACACCCUGAACCAAAGGAAUAAAUGUCCACAGACCUUCCACAGCCUUCUCUCCAAGCCCGAGUCCUCGUCUGUCCCUCAGUCCCACUCAACAAAUCCAUUUCCUGUCCUCUCGAAACCCUACUCCACUCAUCUCUCCUCCUUUAAUCACCGCAGAGCCGUUUCAGCUGAGUCUGACUCCAGGACACGCGAGCACCUGAGAUUUUCGUCUAUCCUCACCAGACUGUGUGAAAAGAAAAUCUGUAAAUAUUUAAAAACAGAAGGAAAAAAAUGGGGAAACAAAUAAAAAAAGGAUGAUUUUCAAAAUAACGGUGGUGUAUAUUUCAAGAGCCCUUGUUUUGAUAACUUGCACUCGCUGUAGUGUUUAAUGAAUGUGUAGAAUUCCACCUGUGUUGAUGAACGAUUAGGUUUUUAGAUAAUUAUUUAUGUUGGAGGAAAUGAGUGACGGAUGUGAUUUUUCUUUAUGAAGUGAUUGUAAGUUUCCUGGCUUAAUAAGGUCAAUUUGAAUAAAUGAAGUUGGUAAAAUGAGCUUUUUAAUCACCAAGUUAUUUUAAAGACCAAGUUCACUCAUUCAUUUCAAAAUGAAUGACUUGUGAGUGGAUCUCUGUGGGAAAAAAAUACCUCUGGCGCUCCUGUUUCAGGAAGUAGAAAUUAGCAAGAAGAGAGGCGAGCAGUAGAAGGCAAGAUUUGGAGUCAUUUCCUGAUAUUCUAGCAUCUCACCUCUGACUGGCUAACAGCAACGUGACUCUUCCACUGCCUCCGUUUGCUCUGCAAUGUUGACGCUUUAUCUGCACAAAUAACACGCCUGAAGGAGUUCUGCCGUGUGGUGGUGUAACUAAUGCUAACAGUUAGCUUCAACUAGCUGAGGGGCUAGAUAGGAGAGUCCGUGAAUGCUAAUUCUUAUAUAUGACGUAGAUCUGACUGGCUUUUUUAAUCGGAGCGUGUCUCUGUCUAUUUUCUAGGCAAAUGCAGGAAAUUGGGGUAGAAGACCAUUUUCACGCUCCACCUGCACGUUAAACUCAGAGUGACUGAUGGUAUUUCAAAAUAAGUAAGAAACGACUUCUAAGUGAACUUGCUCUUUAAAUUAACAAACGCUGCAAAACCGGAGAGAUAUAGAGGUAUUAAUAAAAUGUGUUCAUGAAAUAA